ACACGUGUCUCAUUUCACCAGCUACUCUGUAUUUUUCUGCCAUCCACCUCUUCCUCCAAUCAAUCUAGUAUCUCUUAAUCUUCAACUCCUUUUGAACUAAGAGAAAAUGGGAAGAAUCUUUGUGGUGGAGUUGGAGGGCAGGUCCUAUAGAUGCAAGUUCUGCAGAACUCAUUUGGCUCUUGCAGAUGAUCUCAUCUCAAGGACUUUUCAUUGCCGGAGGGGAAAAGCAUACCUUUUCACUAAUGCUGUGAACACGACAACUGGACCACCAGAAGAAAGGAUGAUGCUUUCGGGAUUGCAUACUGUGGCAGAUAUCUUUUGCUGUUGCUGUGGUCAAAUACUUGGCUGGAAAUAUGAAUCUGCACAUGAGAAGAGUCAGAAGUAUAAGGAAGGGAAGUUUGUUCUUGAAAGAGGAAGCAUUGUUGACGAUAUUGAUUUCUCAACGGAAUUCUAUAUCGAUAGCCACGCUAGCAUGAGUGACAGUGAAGAUGCUUAGCAUCUUGAAACCUUAUGGAGGACUUGCUGAAUCAGUGCUUCUGUAUAUGCCCAGCAAUAAUAGUGGCGUCCCGAGAAAAUGUUUAGAAUCAAAAGAAGCUUUCAUUUAGUUUUACUUUUUUUUUUUGUUUU